AGCGCAUUAUCGAUCCAUCGUCGCUCUUCCGCGAGGUAUCUGGCACUGCCUGCUGCUGAACCUCCCAAGCUCAAUUUAAUCCGGGCAGCUAAUAGAUUGCCUGCUGACGCUGUCAUUCGGUGUUGUGGUAGUGCUUAAAUUCCACAAUGACGAUUGACUUCUUCCAUUGAGUCAUCACCCGAGCAACGCGGAGCCUGAUCGUGGUCCUUCCUGUCCCAACGCAUUCCCUAUAAACGCAGUAGCAUAUCUUCUCAGUAUCGGACUCGUGAUCUCUGUAACAGACGCAGCAAGCGACGAGGGAUUGUGGACGAGAGAAAAAGGAACAGGAAUUACCAAGGGCCGCACCGCAAGACGAAGGGAGAGCGCGCUCCCGACAAUAUAAUGGACAAGCUAAAGCGGCUGAAAUGCUGCGUCCGGCGUUGGUGCAAACGCCGGAGGACGGGCAAGGACGCCAAACAAGGACUCAAGGGCGCCGUCGAUAUGGAAAGCACGCAAGUGUUGGGUGAAACCAUGCCAGAAAACACCCUCCUUGGGACGCAGCGGGGCGGGCGGACGGAGAAGAUGGACGAAUACGAAACGUAUGUGCCGCGCGAUCAACUGGCGCCGCCGUUGCGUAGCGGUUUCCAGGCUCGCAAAAAGAGGUUCACAUCAACGUGCUUUAUCCGGUUACGGGUGAUAUCCUCCUGCGCAUGACUUAUCACCGCUGCUGUGUAACAUUGCAAGUACUGAAAGCACGCAAUCUGAAAGCGCCUAACAAACCCGGUUACUCCAAUCCCUACUGUAAAAUUGACGUGGU